UUAGUUUGGUGUCAUGUCCCCAGUUAUAUUUACACUACCGAUAAUUAUUUAAUAAAUCUAAUAAAUUGAUUUGACGGAUUGAUAGAUUUGUUAAAUAAUUUUUAAAUGGGUUUUUAGUGAUGUCUACAGCUCACAGACCUACUUGGAAUAACUCGACUGGCGUAGGUCUUGAAGAAAGCGGGUUAACUGCUUCUGUUUCUAGCAAGGAUUUACCCUCCCAUACUGAGCUCAAGCGCAGGUCCACUUGCUCUCCCGGCUCAUCUGAGACCGGGGAAACAAAGAAACUGCCUGAGACUAAGAAGUUAUUGCGCGAAAAGCUUGAGGAAACUGAGAAUGCUCACAAAACUAAGAACGUAAUCGAGGAUCAGGUGGGUGUGACUAAGGAUUUUUUAACCCUUGAAGAUGUCAGUCACCUGUUAAACCUUGGGAUUAACUCUUUUAACCAUGACGGAGACCAUUCUACUAAGGUUGGCAAAGAGAAUCGCGAGGAUGAGGAAUCUGCCUUAUUACGUGAGUUGGCGAAGAUAAGAAAGGAAAGGGAGGAAAUCAAACAGCGCGAGAUGGAAGAAGAGCUUAAUUCUGAAGAAGCCAGGGGGAAACUACUGAACAAAAACCCUCUAAUGGACCCUUCCAACCAUCCUAGACCCUGGGACGAAGACGUCGUUUUUAGGAAUCCACAAACACAAUCUCAACAACCCCCAAGUUUUUUGAAUGACGCUGUGAGGACUGAUUUUCACAGGCGUUUUUUGCAUAAAUAUAUCCAAUAA